UCGCCCAGAGAAGGAAAGUCUGUUGACAGCAGAAAUCACACCCAGGCCAUUUACAAGUUUUAACACGUUUACAGUUUUACUAACUCUAUCCAGCAUCGUGUUGUACUGUCUGGAGGUCGUAGGAGCUCUCAAGGUAUGGAAUAUGGCAGCACCUGAAACGCAGCUUAUGUUAAGCGUCGGAUUAAUCGAGAAAGACGUGAAUGGAGACACUCUGUGGGUAUGGUGCUACCCGUCUGUGAGCGCAGGCCUGAGGCAAGUCCUGCUCAGCAAGUGCUGUCUGACACAGGACAGACGGGAUUUCCACACCUUUGUGUUCGGUCAGUACUGUCGCACCUGGUACUACAUCACCACAGUGGAGGUGCAGGAGCCGACAGCGCUGAACAAGGUGACUCAUUUCUCAAUAGUUGUUACAGCAAAAGACUUCAACCCUGAGAAGUACGCGGCGCUCAGUAGAAUACUCUGCAGGAUGUACAUCAAACAUGGCAGCCCGGUGAAGAUGAUGGAGGCUUACGUCACCGUCCUCACCAAAGGAAUUUGCCAGAGUGAUGAAAACGGCUCAUUUCUCAUAAAGGACUAUGAUGUUCGGAAAGCGUUCUUGGCCGGCUCAGUCAAAGAUGUGGUGUCUCAGUUUGGCAUGGAGACGAUCAUCCUGUAUACCGCUCUCAUGCUGAAGAAGAGGAUCGUUGUCCAUCACCCUCGGAUUGAAGCAUUGUUGGAGUUUACAAGAGUUCUUCCGACUCUGACAUGGCACCGGAAAGACUGGUCCAUCCUGCACCCGUAUGUGCACCUGACUGAUGCUGAACUGGAGGAUCUUAAGAAAUGUCCCGGAUAUGUAGCAGGAUUUGUAGAUCCUGAAGUGAGCAACAGAUCGGACUUGUUUGAUGUGUAUGUGAACCUCCCAGACAGUGUCAUCACGGUAUCCCAGAGCGCUAAAGAGGCAAUGGCUAUGGGGAAGCUGCACAAGGACGUUGGCCACCUUAUCGUCCAGUCUGCAGAGGAUGCUGAGAGGUCAGACAGUCAGGUCAUUAAGGAUAUUUCCAUCAAAACAAAAGAGAUCCUCGCCAACUUGGUGUCCCUGGCUAACGAAUGCGAAGACUCUAAAAUCACAUUGGAAGAUUUAAAGCAGCAUCACUUCCCUCCGGCGACAGAGAACUUCCUCUUUCAUUUGGCAGCUGCCGAGCAGCUCUUACGGAUAUGAACCUUUUUUCAGACGCCGCGCUGCAGCAGCAUGGACUCUGCUGUUCUGCAUAUUUAAGAUAAUUACUGUUGUCUGAAAGGCUUGUAGACACUCUCAUUGAUAUCAUUAGAGUGUGCACACGGAGCUUUCUCACAGUAUUUGUUAUGUGAGGUUGGAAAGCGACACUUGCACUGUCGACAUGACUCACAUACCAAAACCAGGAUGUUGUUACAUCAUACAAUUAAAGGAUAAGUUUGGCUAUAUGGGGGUCAUUCUAUGUCAAAUCAGAUAGUUUUUUGUUUACAUUUUAGAUUUUGUUAAAAUCUUACAUAUAUGCUGUUUAACCCUUGUAUUUAAACUGUUGAACCCUAAGCAAAUCGGCAGAUUUCUUCCAAAAAAUAGGGGGAAAAAGGCAAUGAUAAAGUUGGCAAGAAAUUUCCUGCUAUUUACAAGAAAAUAGUGAUGCAGAAAUUGUUUUUAAAAACUUGGAAACAUAUCUAAAACCAAGCUAUAUAAUUUAAUU